UGUUGGGUAUACAACACUAUUGUGUAUUUUUGCCCUAAACCCCCUCCAAAGCCCAAAUCGCGCCGCUUGGUCUUUCUCCUCCUCUUUCACUCUCCUUCAGCCAUUUUGCUUCUGCUCCUUCCGCUUUUCAAACCUUCAACUCUUAUUGUUAUACGCAGCCUCCAAACCCAGACGCGUUCAAGCACUCAUAUACCAGUUGAAGAAGGGAGUGAUGACGGAAGAGGUGGCGCAGCCGUUGACGUAUAUACCGGAGGUUAUAUUGAAGAGAAGGAAAACCAAUGAGGAGUUGGCUUUGAGGAGGAAAGAGCAAUUGGAGCAGAGGAAGUUUAAGUCUCAGCAAAAUAAGCAAGAAUAUAUUAAGAAACCUGAGGAUUUUGUCAAAGAGUAUCGCUACAGGGAGAUGGACCUCGUCCAUAUGAGACACAGGUUAAAGAGAAAAAGGCCAGCAUUGGAGGCAACUAACUCACAGCUUCUUUUGGUCAUCCGCAUACAGGGGAAAAAUGACAUGCACCCUGUUGUUAGGAAGGCCCUAUACAGUCUCAAAUUGAGGAAAGUUUUCAAUGCUGUCUUUGUGAAAGCAACUGAUGCUAUAUUAGAAAAGUUGCAGAGGGUGCAGCCAUAUGUUACCUACGGGUAUCCUAAUCUUAAGAAUGUGAGGGAUCUGAUUUACAAGAAGGGCUUUGCAAAGAUCGACAAGAAGAAAGUUCCUCUGACAGACAACAACCUUAUUGAACAGGCAAUGGGGCAGCAUGAUGUUAUAUGCAUAGAAGAUAUAGUUCAUGAAAUUGCUACGAUUGGCCCACAUUUUAAGGAGGUUACCGGCUUUUUAUGGCCCUUUGUGCUCAACAAGCCUGAAGCAGGAUUAAAGGGCUCAAAAACGGUAUUCAAGGACGGGGGAGACGCGGGCGAUCGCGGGGAUAAGAUCAAUGAACUAAUUAGCAAGAUGAAUUAGCAUGUGAGGAGGUCUUAUGAUCAAUGAUUUUGGUUUAAUGAGGAUUGUCGUUGUCUUUAUCUUUCUAUGCAAACAAAAACAGUAUUGUAUGGUGUCCUUGAUGCAGUAAGGGAGUCAAAAGGUUGAAUUGUUA